CACCCCCUCCCUCCCCCUCCCGCUGCAAUCCUCCCGCGGCCGUCUACCCCCCAUCAGCAAAGAUGGCACCCCAAACACCGCCGGCGCCAGCAGCAGUAGCGCAGGCGGCUCUGGCCUCCGCGGCCUCAGCAACGGCAGCAGCAACGCCAACAACCCCAACCGCUCGCCCGACCGAGACAUCGCCACCGCCUCCUCCUCCUCCGCCCCCGCGUCCCGCUCCUCCAACCGUCGCAGCACCAACAACCUCCCGUCCACGGGCCAGAUGGGCUCCACGCCACCCUCCCAACAGUCGCAGCGAGCGUUACAGUCGCGCAGCAGCGCCGCCGCCACGCCACUCGACCCGCAUCGCGACUCGCGGCAGUUUGACGGUCGCGACCUGCACGACCUGGUGCGAGUGAGCACGGAGGACUAUCGUGACGUGGCUCGGCUGCAGCGGAUCGUGCAGAUGGCGCUGGGGGGGAAGAGCACGGAGGCGGCCAAGGCGGAGGCGCUGCUGCUCGUGAGGGAGGCCUCCAUCCAGAACCCGCUCUUCAUGCUGACCCCCACCAUGCUGCACCUGGUGCUGCAGCAGCUGCACGGGCGCAACCGCCUGCUGCGACCCGCGGCCGCGUACGCGCUGGCGGGGUACGCGGCCAACAGUCGGCAGGGGCGCGGGCUGAUGACCAUCAACCUGCGGGCGCUGCUGCCGCGGCUGAACGCCAUGCUGCGGUGUCGGGUGGACUCGCUGGAUGCAAGGUACGCCUCCCUGGCAGUUGCCGCCGCCUGCCUGCACCCCGAGAACAAGGAGCUGGUGGGGCGCAGCGGGGCCAUUCCGCUGCUCAUGGGCCUGCUCAGGCAGAACAUGGGCAGGCACUCCGCGGGGGCCUACGGCGAGGGCUGCCUCACCGCCGUGCUCUCCCUCACUCGCUGCGACUCGGGCAGCGGGGAGGAGGGCGGCAGUGGCGGCAGUGGGAGGCACCAGGCCGGCUGGGAGGGCAGCAGCGCCGCGGCAGGGGGGGCAGGAGGGGCAGGAGUAGCAGCGGGCUCUGUUGGGGGCAGCAGCGGGCCGCCCACGCACGGCAUGCAUUCCCUAGGCGGCUGCAGCCUGUCAGCGGAGGAUAGCGGGACGUACAGUACGGCAGGAGGAGGGGGGUGGUUCCCGCCACCGCCGCCGUCCUCGUCCCAUGCGCCGUCGGGGAUCCACAGCGAGCGGCGGACUGUCGAUUGCGGAUCUGGUGGCGUUGGAGCGACGUGGGAUGUCCGCAUCGCAAGUGCCCUUGUACGGCGGCGGAGGCGGGGGAGGCGCCGCAGCAAUCGCGGCCGCCGCCGCCGCUGCCGCGGCGGCUGCCCCCGCCACUCCGAGCGAGGGCAAGGGCACGUACGUGUUGAUCGUGAAGCCGGCGGCGGCGCAUGCGGCGGCAGCGCUGGUGAACCUGGCGGAGCUGCCGACCAACCGGCAGCGUAUGCGGGACGCGGGGAUAAACUCGCUGCUGGAGGACGCGCUAGCCAGCCGCAAUGACAACUGCAUCAAGGAGCGCUGCCGGCUGCUGGUGGACCUGCUGCAGAUGGACACCGCCCGCUACCGGGAAGCCAAGGCCGAGACCGCCACCGCCGCCUUCGCCACCUUCACUCACGCAGCCAUGUCGUUCGGUCGACACACCCUGGCAGCACACCGCGCCGCCGCCGCCACCGCCUCCCACGGCGGGCCCCCCGGCGGCCCCUCCAACCGCAACUCCCUCACCUGGACCCUGCUCAAGCAAAUGGACCGAGCGGAGGAGGAAGCCGAGCGGCUGCAACAUCUACUGAACAACAGCAC